AUGGAUUCGGCUGAAUUGUACGACGAAUUUGGUAACUAUAUCGGACCGGAAUUGGAGUCGGAAGAAGAAGAAGACGACGACGAAGAUGAAGAAGAUGACGAAGACGACCGCAUUCGUAGUAAAAAUGCGCGCAACAAGGAAGAAGAAAAUGACGAGGCGGACGAAGACGUGGAUAUGCAGAUGGCGGUCGUACUGCACGAAGACAAACGAUAUUACCCUACAGCGAUGGAGGUUUUCGGUCCCGACGUCGAAGCCAUAGUUCACGAAGAAGAUACUCAAGCCUUGACUGUGCCUCUGAUCGCUCCCAUUAAAAGAAAAAAAUUUCAAAUCCGAGAGCAGGAUCUUCCCGAAACUGUUUAUCAGAUGGAAUUUCUAGCCGAUAUGAUGAACACUCCGCAUCUGAUACGUAAUGUUGCUCUAAUUGGUCAUUUGCAUCACGGUAAAACCAGCUUGGUAGACUGUUUGAUCAAACAAACGCAUCCGUCGUUCUGCGAAUCGAACGAAGAAAGGGAACUUCGCUACACCGAUACGCUCUUCACCGAGCAACAAAGAGGCGUCAGUAUCAAAGCUACACCAGUCACGCUGAUACUGCCCGACGUGAAAGGCAAAUCGUAUUUACUAAACAUUUUCGAUACACCAGGACACGUCAACUUUUCGGACGAGGUUACGGCAGCGUUACGAAUUUGCGACGGAGCGGUCGUCUUUGUUGAUGCCGCCGAAGGAGUCAUGUUGAAUACGGAACGUUUAAUCAAGCACGCGAUUCAGGAGAAACUAGCCAUUACUUUGUGCGUUAAUAAAAUAGACAGAUUGAUUCUGGAACUGAAAUUGCCGCCACAAGACGCGUAUUACAAAAUCAGGCAUAUCAUAGAGGAAGUGAACGGAUUAAUAAACGAAUAUUCGGAUCAAGAGAGUUCGAGAGUGGUGAUGUCGCCCAUUUUGGGCAACGUGUGUUUCGCCUCGUCGCAGUAUUCGCUGUGUUUCACAUUGCGCUCGUUCGCCAAACUCUACAGUCAGACUUGUCCCGAAUUGAAUAUCGGCGAAUUCUCGCGCCGAUUAUGGGGCGAUAUAUACUUCAACGCCAAAACGAGAAAAUUUUCCAAGAAACCGCUUCACGGCACCGCUCAGCGCAGUUUCGUCGAAUUCAUUCUAGAACCGCUGUACAAGUUAUUCGCUCAAGUCGUAGGCGACGUCGACUCGACUUUGCCCGCAAUUUUGGACGAGCUCAGCAUACGAGUCAGCAAACAGGAGAUGAAAAUGAAUAUACGCCCGUUACUCAGGUUGAUUUGCUCGCGAUUUCUCAACGAUUUCAGCGGCUUGGUAGAAAUGUGUGUAAAUCAUAUCCCGUCACCGAUCGACAAUGCGCGCGCCAAAGUUGAAAACAUCUAUACCGGCUCGUUGAAUAGCCGACUGGCGCAAAAUAUGUUCGACUGCGAUCCGAACGGCCGCCUCAUGGUUCACAGCUCGAAAAUGUAUCCGACCGACGACUGCACGUUUUUCCAAGUCUUGGCCCGGGUGUUUAGCGGUACGCUGUACGCCGGCCAAGAUAUCCGACUGUUGGGCGAGAAUUACUCGCUGGCCGACGAGGAAGAUUCUCGCGUGCUCACCGUCGGAAGGCUGUGGAUCUACGAAGCUAGGUACCGGGUCGAAGUGAAUCGCGUUCCCGCCGGUAAUUGGGUGCUAAUCGAAGGCAUCGACCAGCCCAUCGUGAAGACUUCCACCAUUACCGAUUUAAAUCUCGACGAGGACGUUUAUAUUUUCAAACCGCUCAAGUUCAACACUCAAUCGGUCAUCAAAAUCGCCGUGGAACCGGUUAAUCCGUCCGAAUUGCCUAAAAUGUUGGAUGGGCUGAGAAAAGUCAACAAGUCGUAUCCUUUGCUGAGUACCAGAGUCGAAGAGUCCGGCGAACACGUAGUUUUAGGCACCGGCGAACUUUAUUUAGAUUGCGUAAUGCACGAUUUACGUAAAAUGUAUUCCGAAAUAGACAUCAAAGUUGCCGAUCCGGUCGUGUCGUUUUGCGAAACGGUCGUCGAAACUUCGUCGCUCAAGUGCUUCGCCGAAACGCCCAAUAAGAAAAAUAAAAUCACAAUGAUCGCCGAGCCGUUAGAAAAAGGAUUAGCCGAAGAUAUUGAAAAUCAGAUCGUCAGUAUUACGUGGAAUCGAAAAAAAUUGGGAGAAUUUUUCCAAUCCAAAUACGACUGGGACUUGUUAGCUGCCCGAUCGAUCUGGGCUUUUGGACCAGAUACCACCGGUCCGAAUAUUCUGGUCGACGAUACUCUUCCUUCGGAAGUGGACAAACAUUUGCUGGGCUCGGUUAAAGAUUCGAUAGUUCAGGGUUUUCAAUGGGGUACUAGAGAAGGUCCGCUAUGCGAAGAGCCUAUUAGAAAUGUCAAAUUCAAGAUAUUGGACGCCGUCAUCGCAAACGAGCCUUUGCAUCGCGGAGGCGGGCAAAUUAUACCGACGGCGAGAAGGGUCGCGUAUUCCGCAUUUUUGAUGGCCACGCCUCGUUUGAUGGAACCGUACCUGUUCGUUGAAGUUCAAGCUCCGGCUGAUUGCGUAUCCGCAGUGUAUACGGUGUUAGCUAAAAGAAGAGGACACGUUACUCAAGACGCUCCAGUACCUGGUUCGCCGCUUUACACCAUCAAAGCAUUCAUUCCGGCUAUCGAUUCGUUCGGCUUUGAAACAGACUUACGAACGCACACUCAAGGACAAGCGUUUUGUUUAUCCGUCUUUCAUCACUGGCAGAUCGUUCCGGGCGAUCCGCUAGACAAAAGCAUAGUCAUCAGACCAUUAGAACCGCAACCGGCGACGCAUUUAGCCAGAGAAUUUAUGAUCAAGACCAGACGUAGAAAAGGCCUGAGCGAAGACGUAUCUAUUAAUAAAUUUUUCGACGAUCCCAUGUUGCUGGAAUUGGCGCGGCAAGAUGUUAUGUUCAACUAUCCGCUGUAACGUUGAAAACAUGGCGUGUACCUUGUGUACAGUUUGGUUGAAACGCGUUCAUUUACCACUCAAUUGUUGUCGUAUACAACUUGAAAACGAUGAUGAUAAUAAUUACGCGAGAUUGUAUAUAGGUAUAUUAUUAUAUUAUCGACGAGUAUUAUAAUUUGUAUAUUACAAUAAAUGCUAUGAAAAG